UUUGGUGCGAUGCAUCUUCAUGACUGUUUUUGAACAUAUGAGCAGCGCUUCUCGGUGCUUCACGGAGCAGAGCAGACAUCCAUCAGCUGAGUCGUGCAGCGGUGCAGCGGUGCAGCGCAGCGGGGAGAAAGUAGCUCCAACCCGGCCAGACUCAGUGACGGCAGCCCCGGAGCCAGAGAGGAGGGAGAGCCGUGGUGAGCCAUGGGUUUCCGCAAGAAGAACAAGAGCCCGCCGGUGCUGAGCCACGAGUUUGUGAUCCAGAAUCACGCCGAUAUGGUGUCGUGCUUGGCCAUGAUAAUCCUCCUCGGCCUGAUGUUUGAGGUCACAGCAAAGUUUGCCAUCAUGUUCAUCACUGUCCAGUACAAUGUUACACAAGUUCUUGACGAGAGGAACGAGCCAGUGAACCUUUACCAGUACGGCCCUAAAGAUGUGGCCACCGUGUUUUUCUACCUGCUCAUCGCAGUCAUCCUUCAUGCCUUGAUACAAGAAUAUAUUCUCGAUAAAAUGAACAGGAGGUUGCACCUGUCGAAAACCAAACACAGCAAGUUCAAUGAAUCUGGACAACUAGCUGCGUUCUACCUGUUCUCCUUCAUCUGGGGCUGCAGCAUCCUGACAGCGGAGGACUUUGCAACAAAUCCUACUUUCUUAUGGGAGGGUUACCCACAUACUCACAUGGUUUUUCAGGUCAAGUUCUUCUACAUUUGCCAAAUUGCCUAUUGGCUCCAUGCACUUCCUGAGCUGUACUUUCAAAAAGUACGGAAGGAGGACAUCCCCCGCCAGCUCUAUUACAUUUGCCUUUAUGUUGUUCACAUCACUGGUGCCUAUGUUUUAAACCUCCACCGACUGGGCCUGGUGCUGCUGGUUCCUCACUACCUGGUGGAGCUCCUGUUCCACGCUUCACGCCUCUUUUACUUCAGUGAUGAGAACAAGCAGAAGGGUUUUACUUUGUGGGCACUGCUUUUUGUCAUCGCCCGUCUCCUCACUCUCACACUCUCAGUUCUGACAUUUGGCUUUGGGCUGCCCCGUACAGAAAACCAGGGCUUUUCCCUUGCAGAAGGCAACUUCAAUGUGCUCACCAUAAGGAUGACUUGUCUGGCAGCUAUCUGCCUGACACAGGCUUGGAUGAUGUGGAAAUUCAUUAACUUCCAGUUGAAAAAGUGGAGGGAGCACAGCCAGAACCAGGCGUCAAAGAGGAAGACGGUCAGCCCGAAGAGCAAGCCUCACAAAAGGGAGCCUACAAGGGGAGGUGCUGCCAAUGGGAUUGUGAAAUCUGAGGAUAAAACAUCACCACGGGCAAGAAAAACCAAAACUUCAUAGAAAUGGAGCAGCUGGAAUAAAAAAAAAAACUUAGUGAGGGAGUUCUGACAAUGUGACAUUAUGUCUUUAGACAACUUCAAAUUUUGUCUACUGCUCUCCAAAACAAAUGUUUAAUCGCACUAAGAAACCUUACAUAACUGUCCCUUUGUGGUUGAAACUCCUUUUUUGAAAAAAGUUCAGUGUUACUGUCCACUAGAAAUGUUUAUUAUUAAUUAUGGUUCUCUGUAGAUGGGACGCUGGCAGGGCAGUGCUGGUUUGAUGCUUUAACAGGAUCUAGCUCUUCAAAGUGUCCUUUUGUGUAGAACUAUGAUCACUCGUCGGGUACUUUAAACAGAGUUGCUCUUCAAUAAUUUGACAUGGAAUUGGUUAAAAACUGUGUAAAGUGAAUUCAGACAUUUUCUUC